AUGGGCAAGGAGUGGCAUUGGGGUGGAAGGUCCUCCAAAAGGGGUGGAGAAGCUCAAACAGAAAUCCCUUCUGGUUGCAUGUGUGCAGUCUUUCAGGCCUUCGAUUUUCAUCCAUUUCACUUUUCCAUCAACCACCAACAAUCCUCUUUCAAGUCUAGCACCGCAGAAGACCAAACUAUCCCCAAAGGAGCUGAAGGACCAAGGAGUAGCUUGGAGUCAGAAGAUGGUACUACAGUGUCAUCAACCUCAAAAGAAGAAACUUUAAAAAUACCAAAGAAGAUUCGGAUCAAAACAAGAGGGAGCACAAGAUCAAAAACAGAAAGUUUUAGCGAUCUUUCCUCAGAAAUAAGUGUCUCUCCAGGGACCAAGACACCAACUUUGGUUGCGAGGUUGAUGGGUCUUGAUCUUCUUCCUGAUGCACAUUCCUCUUCUUCCCCAUGCCUUUCCACUCCAAACCUUCAUAGACAACGGCAGCACAUAAAAAUAAUCAAACAUAGAAACAGCACAGGAAGUGACUUCUUGCCUGAGACUCCUAGAAUGUUCUCUGCAAGAAGAUCAGAUGUUGAGCAUAGACUCUCUCUCCAAAUCAACAAGGAGAACAGAGUCCCUUACGAGGAUUUUGAGGUUCCUCUUUCAUUUUCAAAGAGAAAAUACGAUGAGAACAAUAGCAGGAGCCCAAGCCACUAUGCCAGGCAAAUUGUCAAACAGGUUAAAGAAAGUGUGAGCAGAAAGGUUGGACGUGACAUCACCAACACUGCCAAGAACAGAGAACAAGGAAAAGAGGAAUGCGUAAGCCAAUUCAAAUUCAAGAAAUCUCCUAAAACUUCAGUGAAUGAAUCCAGCCCUGGAAAACUCUCAAACCCGUCUUACUCCCCAAGGCUCAGCAGAUUCAUUGACACCAAACAAAAACCGAGCACAACACCAUCACCAACUACUCCAAAAAAUCAAAGUACACACUCAGUGCUAAAACCGCCGUCACCUCCACCUGCGAUCAACAUUGAUACACAGCUCUCAAAAGUUUCCACGAAGCCAAAGCCUCAAGCAUUGCCCGAUAAAGGGUUGCAGAACCAAAGAACAGUCACAAAAUGCAAGAAAACCACCAUUGGAGAGUCGAGUUCCAGGGUCAAGAAGCCUCCACAAACAUCAAUCAGAAACAAGCAAGAAGAACCAUUUAUUAUCCGUCCCCCAUCAGCCUCUAAAGCCAAUGACAUCAAAACAAAAAACAAGAGAACUCAUCCACUUUCAAGCGAUCUUCUUAGUAACCUCAACACGGUUCCAAAUCUUCUCCCUCUCAGGACAGGCCUUUCUCCUCAAAAACAGACGCAGGUGAGUGAUGAUCAUGAUUCUCGAGAUGCAAAAUGCAGCACACGGUUAUUUAGUUGUUCGCGCCAGACGUACAAAGAAGAAGCGCCACGACCACCCCCACCCCGAGGACCAAUGACCAGCGAUCACGACAAAUUUCACGGCGCCUUCACCACCACACCUUCCGCCGCACUCCAGGAAGGGCCAGAAUUUAACUACGUGACAACCAUAUUGUCCCGCACCACUGGGUCCCACAGCAACUCCACCACGCUUAUACCCCACCUCCAUUUUCAGUGGUUCUCUCCCACCCACCCCUUGGACCCUUCCGUCUUUCACCAUCUGGAGCGCUACCCAACAUCCCAUUCCUUUGUCUCCUUCCAAGACGACAACAAAGAUUGCGUCUUUGAGCGGAAACACCAUCUGGGUCCCCGCUGCAACCGCAGAUUACUCUUCGAUUUGGUCGACGAGUUGCUGUCGGAGAUUCUGGUUCGGCCGAAGCGUUACCGAGGGACGCUGUUGGAGACGGUGUGGGAGAGGAUUCGGAGUUUGCCACGUGCGAAGUGCGAGGUUUUGGAGGACCUAGAUGAGUUGGUAGAGAUGGAGGAGAUGAGGGAAGAAGAGGAAGGAGAAGGGUUAGUGAAGGAGAUAGAGGGGAGCAUAGUGGAGUGGUUGGUGCAUGAAACGUUAACCGUUAUGGUUGGGGGCGUGGAAUCGUAG